AUGUUCCUCCCUUCCCUUCAUCUGGCCUUUGAGGGCCGAGCACAUCGUGCUGCAGUGCGAUGCUGCUGUGUGCUGCCUAAUGGAAUGUUACUUACCGGAUCGCUUGAUUCCACAGUUGUUGUUUGGCGUCAACAAGAGCAGCCCCAGAUCGAUCAAGAGCAGAGGGAAAAGGAUUGCCUCGCAACUUCCCUGGAUGGCAGCAAUGCACCCGAUAUGGGGAGCAGCAAGGGCCAGGGCAGUAGUGACUACGUGGGGAGUCUGUACAGUUACCACACAGUGCUGAAGCACCAUAGCGACUUCGUGCUGUCCCUUGCGCCCUCAUUAUCUUUUCCUGGACAGUUUUACUCUGGGAGCAAAGACAGAAUGCUCUGCAGAGUCUGUGCAGACACCGGUGUGGUCCAGAUGAAGUACCAGGGUCACGGAGGUCCAGUUUGUUCAGUGGCUGAGAAGAAAGAAAUUGUUGCAUCCGGAGACUGGGGAGGCGAAGCCAGAGUUUGGGAUAGGGAUUCAGGGCAGCUCCUGUUUGUGCUGUCUCAGCACCAAGCCUUUGCAGUUUGUGUGUGCUGGCUGGGAGAUGACCUAGUGACGGCUUCGCAGUCGAAGGCCAUCUGCUUUUGGGGUACAUCAAGGAACCUCACGAGGCACAUUGAGAAUGCUCACGAGGAUAUCAUCCGCAGUCUCGCCGCCUUCCCUUCCUCCAGCAGCGAUUCUUCCGGCGCCGUUAGUAGCACCACGAAGAACAGGCUUUUAAGCGUGUCCAACGACGGAAGCAUCAAGCUGUGGUCAACGGAGGGGCGACUUCUUUUAAGCAAAGCGGAGGCCCAUGAGGCCUUCAUCUUCAGCGAUGAUGGUUUGUGCUGUCUCUGGCGCGUGUGCGACGCUGAGGCUCCUUCGAUCUCUCUUGUGCAGCAGCU